AUGGCGUCUGAGGCCUCUGACCCAAUUUACAAGGCUAUAGGUGGAGAUGCUGUCCUCAGACCAUCCCCCAUGGAUCUUCCUAUCAAAAGCAUAGAGUGGAAACACAAUGAGGAUAUUGCAGCAGAUUGGCAUGGAAACAAGUCUAAGUGUUUUGGCCAGUUUAAAGGUCGUUGUGAGGUGGAUACUGAUACUGGAGCACUGACCAUCAAAGGACUGAAACUGAACGACAGCGGCAUCUACACACCAGAGAUUAACUACAAAGUCCCCUUUAAGAUUGAACUCUCUGUAAUCUCUCGUGUAGCUAAAUCCUCUGUAAAAACAUCCUGCAACACUGAGAUGACCAGCUGUCUCCUGACCUGUGAAGGCAACACUACAAACGCCGACCCAGUUGUCUAUAAGUGGUUUUUAGAUGGCAAGCAUGGAUCUUCAUAUAAGGAGUGGAAUAUAACAAAGGAUACAAAGGGGGACAGAUUCAGCUGUUUAAUGAUGAACCCAGUCAGCAAUGAAACCAGUGAAAGCAUCAUAAACCCCUUCAUUAAAAAACUUUACGGAGCUAAAGGUGAAGAUGUGAUCCUCAGACCACCCCCCAUGAAUGAUACUAUCCAAAGAAUCGAGUGGAAACACAAUGAAAAUAUUGCAGCAGGGUGGUAUGGAAACAAGUCUGAGUGCCUUGGCCAGUUUGAAGCGGCAUCUACACACCAGAGAUUAACUUCAGAGACUCCAGCAAGACUCAUCUCUGUUAUCUCUCGUGUAGCUAAACCCUCUGUAAAAACAUCCUGCAACACUGAGAUGACCAGCUGUAACCUGACCUGUGAAGGCAACACUGCAGAGGCUGAACCAAUCACUUAUAGGUGGUUUAUAGAUGGCAGGGAUGGACCUUCAAAUGUUGUGUUGAUUAUAGCAAAGGAUACAAAGGGGGACAGAUUCAGCUGUUUAAUGAUGAACCAAGUCAGCAAUGAAACCAGUGAAAGCGUCACAAACCCCUUCAUUAAACAACUUUACGGAGCUAAAGGUGAAGAUGUGAUCCUCAGACCACCCCCCAUGAAUGAUACUAUCCAAAGAACCGAGUGGAAACACAAUGAAAAUAUUGCAGCAGGGUGGUAUGGAAACAAGUCUGAGUGCCUUGGCCAGUUUGAAGGUCGUUGUGAGGUGAACACUGAUACUGGAGCACUGACCAUCAAAGAACUUAACCUGAACAACAGCGGCAUCUACACACCAGAGAUUAACUUCAGAGACUCCAGCAAGACUCAUCUCUCUGUUAUCUCUCGUGUAGCUAAACCCUCUGUAAAAACAUCCUGCAACACUGAGAUGACCAGCUGUGACCUGACCUGUGAAGGCAACACUACAGAGGCUGAACCAAUCACUUAUACGUGGUUUAUAGAUGGCAGGGAUGGACCUUCAAAUGUUGUGUUGAUUAUAACAAAGGAUACAAAGGAGGAGAGUUUUAGAUGUUUGAUGAUGAACCCAGUCAGCAAUGACACCAGUGAAAGUGUCACAAACCCCUUCAUCAAAGAUCCCAAUAAUAAACAAACUGUCCUAGUUUACGGAGCUAAAGGUGAAGAUGUGAUCAUCAGACCACCCCCCAUGAAUGAUACUAUCCAAAGAAUCGAGUGGAAACACAAUGAAAGUAUUGCAGCAGGGUGGUAUGGAGAUGAGUUUGAGUGCCUUAACCAGUUUGAAGGUCGCUGUGAGGUGAACACUAAAACUGGAGCACUGACCAUCAAAGGACUGAAACAAACAGACAACGGCAUCUACACACUAAAGAUUAGCGGCAAAGUCACCAACAAGACUGAACUCUCUGUUAUCUCUCGUGUAGCUAAACCCUCUGUCGUCAAAUCCUGCAACCCUGACAUGACCAGCUGUAACCUGACCUGUGAAGGCAACACUGCAGAGGCUGAACCAGUCACUUAUACGUGGUUUAUAGAUGGCAGGGAUGGACCUUCAAAUGUUGUGUUGAUUAUAACAAAGGAUUCAAAGGAGUACAGUUUCAGAUGUUUGAUGAUGAACCCAGUCAGCAAUGAAACCAGUGAAAGCAUCAAAAACCCCAUCAUCACUAAAGAAGAACAGGACCGACUGAUAUCCAUCCUUGUGCCAGUAAUAGUAGUGGUUGUUUUGGUAGUCAUUGUGGUUGCUGCUGUUUUCAUCUACAAUCACAUCAGGGGAAGAAGGCAAGGACCAAAUAACCGAAGAGAUGUAGAAAGAGAAGAGGGACAUGAGCAUGAGAUGGACCCACUAAAUCAAACUCCAGAUGAUUUAGCUGCUGAAGGACAUCCCAAAGACAACCAACAUCUCAGCAAUGGAGCUGUUGCUUCAGGAGCCCAGAGAACCAGCCUGGUCUCAGACCUCCCUAGUAAUACAAAAUGGCCACGGUGGAGCUCAGCUCUCAUCUGCAGUGGUUCCUGACCUGCAGACCUCUGGACCUCCGGAUACCAACAAGGACUCUGAGAAAUCUGCACUGAUGCCAGACAAACCGGAAACCAACUGUGAACCAUCAGCUGAUGAACAGAGAGCAGAUGACUGAGGAGAUGGGCGUAAACCUCAAAACUCGUUGGUAGAGACUUCUGUUCCGUUCCGUUUGAAGAUGUUACACUCACUAUGGGAUGAAGUGUUACGGUAGUGAGAAAACUUGAAGAAAUGUACUAUUUAUUUCUGACGUUAACUACCUAAC